UGUUGGCUCUCUCCGUCUCUCGAUGCCUCCCUCCUCUCUGAGACUCUGAGACUCCUCACCCUCUGACUUUUCUGUGACAGCCAUGUUGAGAAACUCAGCGAGUUUCUCUUCCAAACUCUUCUACCUAUCAAACACUAGCCCUAACCACUCCAUCAUCUCCUCCUCAAACCCUCUUCGUUCUGCAGCCCAUGGCGUCCAAAGAGGAGUCUUUGCGACCCAUCUCUGUUCAACGAGCGCGGGAAUUUCUUCAUCAGUUGAAUCGUUGAAGCCUGGGCUCGAGAAACCUGAGGGAGAAAGAGCAUUCCGAUUCGUCUCUCCGGUGACUGUCAUUAAUCCGUCGACGUUAGCCUCUGCAUCCGUGUCGAAGGCUAGAGAUGCCGUUGAAUCUUUUCGGCAUUACGGGCGGUGUUAUUGGGAGUUGUCCAAAGCGAGGCUCAGCAUGCUAGUGGUUGCAACUUCUGGAGCUGGCUUUGUUCUUGGGAGUGGCAGUGCUAUUGAUGUUGCAGGACUUUGUUGUACUUGUGCGGGUACCAUGAUGGUUGCAGCAUCUGCUAACUCCUUAAAUCAGGUCUUUGAGAUAAACAAUGAUGCUAAAAUGAAGAGAACAAGGCAAAGACCACUACCUUCUGGACGUAUCUCAAUUCCUCAUGCAGCCAUUUGGGCAUCUACUAUAGGUAUUGCUGGCACAGCAUUACUGGCAUGCAAGACUAAUUUCUUGGCAGCAGGACUUGCAGCUUCUAAUCUUGCUCUUUAUGCAUUUGUUUAUACCCCUUUAAAGCAAAUACACCCAAUAAAUACAUGGGUUGGAGCUGUUGUUGGUGCCAUUCCUCCACUUCUUGGGUGGGCAGCAGCUUCUGGUCAACUCACAAUUAAUGGGAUGAUUCUCCCAGCUGCUCUAUAUUUCUGGCAAAUACCUCAUUUUAUGGCCCUUGCAUACUUGUGCCGUAAUGAUUAUGCUGCUGGAGGGUUCAGAAUGUUCUCUCUUGCCGAUCCUUCUGGUCAGAAAACUGCCUUGGUGGCAUUAAGGAAUUGCCUAUAUCUGCUUCCAUUGGGAUUCUUAGCCUAUGACUGGGGUAUGACUUCAGGAUGGUUUUGUCUUGAAUCAACACUUCUUACCCUUGCAAUUAGUGCUGGGGCAGUAUCAUUUUACCGAGACCGCACAACUGGAAAUGCAAGAAAGAUGUUCCAUGCCAGUCUUCUGUAUCUUCCUGUAUUUAUGUCUGGGCUUCUAUUUCAUCGCAAAACUGAUGAUAAGCAAGGCCUUACAGAAAAGAAUCCAGGUGUGCUACUGGGGUUAGCAUCAUCUGAAACUUGGGCAGAGGAAAGUGAGAAUAGUAUCCGCUGGAACAGGCCAAAAAGGGAGUCUCAUGCAGGCAUACAACCACGCCCACCUGUUGCAUUUGCAUCUGUUGCUCCAUUCCCUUUCUUGCCUGCGCCUCUAUAUGCUAACCCUGAUUCAUGAGCUACGAGAUAUUUAUUGCUUGUAUUUUUAUAAUCAAAUAAUAGCAGAAUGUUUGCUCUUGUAAUUUCUUUGGGCAUAAAAUAAAUUUUGAAGAAUUUCUGCUUCAGAGCUAGAGAGGAUUAAGCUGUGCUUUGUUGGUUGAUGGAUCUUUACAUCUUUUUGUGGACAUUAUAGAGAAAACAAGAUUCUGAUUUUGAUCA